CCGUGAGGGACGGGCGGGCCCGGCCCCGCCUCAGGGCACGGGCGGGCCCCGCCAUGCCCGGCCCGGCGACCCCCGGGUGGCCCCACGCCCCGCCGGAGCCGCCCCGAGGCGCCGCCCCGGUCGGUUGGUUGGGCCAGGGGAAGGCGACGCCCGCCAUGAGCUCGUCGGCGCUGCUGGCUGAGGGCCCCCUCGACCCUCCGGUGCUGCUGGCCGACAUCAAGACGGAGCCCCCCGAGGAGCUGCUGGCCAGCGACUGCAGCCAGCCCCAGGCCGAGCCCGUCGAUCUCUCCCUCAAUAAAUCCAAGGUGGCUCCGGCCUCGGCCCCACCGCCACCGCCUUCCACCUCGGUCCAGUCUUCCCCCAUGCUCGUGGCUCCCCCGGUUCCCGCUCCCAGCACCGUGUCCAUCCCGCCCUCCGGUCUCAGCUCCACCUCGGCCAUCCCGGCUGUCCUCUCGCCCGGCUCCAUCCUGGCCUCCACGCAGGGCAGCGGCGGGCAGCAGAUCCUCCACGUCAUCCACACCAUCCCCUCCGUCAACCUGCCCAGCAAGAUGGGCAACCUGCAGACCAUCCCCGUGGUGGUGCAGUCCCUCCCCGUCGUCUACACCACCGUGCCCACGGACGGCGUCACCGCCAUUACCGUGCCCCUCAUCGGGGGGGACGGCAAGAACGCUGGGUCUGCUUUUCUUUCCCGGACCCCUCCAGUGAAAAUGGACCCUGGCUCUGUGUACCCCAUGGACAUGAACAGCGACAGCGAGGACAGCGCCUCCGAGAGCGGCCCAGCGCCCUUCCAGGACCUGCCGAGAGAGCCGGCGGCGCGGGGGCCCAGGGCCGAUUCCCCGGACCUGAAGAAGCGGCGCAUCCACCAGUGCGACUUCGAGGGCUGCAAUAAGGUCUACACCAAAAGCUCCCACCUCAAAGCCCACCGGAGGAUACACACAGGCGAGAAGCCCUACAAGUGCACGUGGGAAGGCUGCACCUGGAAGUUCGCCCGCUCGGACGAGCUCACCCGGCACUUCCGCAAGCACACGGGCAUCAAACCCUUCCGCUGCUCGGACUGCGACCGCAGCUUCUCCCGCUCCGACCACCUGGCCCUGCACCGCCGGCGGCACGUCAUGAUGUGAGCGGUGCCCGCCGCGCUGGGAGCCGGCAGCGCCUCCCUCCCUCCAUCCUCCACACCCCGCGGCUCCGGCGGGGCGGGGACUGCGGAGCGCCGGGGCCGGGCCGUGCCCGCUGCAGGAGCCCCGCCAGCACGGCACGGCACGGGACGGCAAACAAUGGAUUCUGGACUGCUGCCCCUUCUCUCUUGUCCCCAGCUGUUUUUAUUCCUGGGUUUGUCCUCGCCUGGAGGCUCCUUGACUCCUCACCUGGAAUUCACCCAGCAGCUGCCUCUGGCUCUUCAGCCUCCUGCCCGUUGUUGUCCCCCCUCCGUGUGCUCCCUGUCCCCUGCCACUCCCUGGGAGCCGUGGCAAGGACGGGGGCAGGGAGUGAUGGGUGGAGGAGCUGAUGGCCAUUCCUGCUCCAUCCCCAGGCUGUCCCAGCAGGAGAAGGGACAUCACCUCUCUGUGUGUCCCUCAGCACGUGCUGGGCUUCACGGGAAGUGCUGGGUGUGCAGAGAGCCAGGAGGAAAAGAGGAAUCAAGAAAGGGGGAAACAACCCAACAGUGACCCACAAACAAGACCAUCAGCACCACACAAACGGAAACUUUGUGGAACAUGGAACUUUUCUUUUAUGGAAUUCUACAAGGGGGUGGGACAGGGUGGGGGGGGGGACGAGGGCCAGCAGCUCUCGGGUUUUUUGGAAGACUCUGGGCCACUUGAAGUGUUUCUAAGUUAAACCAGCGGCUGUGGCCACACGCUUUGCUUUUUAAUAAUGGUUUUUGAGGAGUGUUUCUUCAUCCCCCACCCCAGCCAACCCCGCUGGUUGCUGGGAGGGUUUCAGGAUUUGGGGUUGGAUGCUCUGAGCUGUUGGGUGGUGGGGACCAUGACACCUCCCAUGCUCAGCUCCCAGACUCCCUCUGAGCUGUGCUUUGCCCUGGCUGUGUGGGGAUGGGGGAACUGGUGUGAGGAAAGGCUGGGGGAGGGCACUUCAGGGACCUGUGGCCCCUGGAAACAACUCACAGCUGCUUGGCAAAGUGCUUUUCCUCAGCUUGCCAUCCACCAGCCAGGUGUGCCCUGGGCAGAGCUUGUCCCUGGCCUGAGGUGGUCCCUGAUGCCAUGGCCUGAGGGAGAGUCUGGCUGGGG